AAACCACUUUUAGCCCGUUUCAGUUGUUUUUCGUGGGGGAGAGUUUAAAGGGAGUUACUAUGAAAGUUUUAAUUGUUUUUGCGUUGGCCAUACUGGCCUACGUAGAAGCCGACUGUGGAUGUUUGAAAGGAAGACUUCUCCAUCAUGAAUGCCACUCUGCGGCUUCUUGCUCCAAACAUCUCACGAUUGCUGGUGAAAUAAAUGGUGCGCCUGGACACAAACCCAUCAAGGUAAUUUACAGGUGUCAAAAUGGAAUAGGUAGUUGUCCUCAUUAUCCAAACGCAUUACCAAUUGAAGUGCAGAAACCGCUUGCAAUCCCUGAAGAAACUCCACCAUUGUCCUGUGGCAAAGGUCAAUACUCAUAUGGCAUGCAAGCAUUUUACAACAAUCCCUCUUUCAUAUCUUCAUAUCAAGGAAUUUAUGAUAACUCUCACCACGGAUUCUCCCACGGAAUAACUCAUGGAACUUCACACGAUUCUACCAAUGGAGGAACUGAUGAUUCCUAUGCACAAGGGCUGGGCAUUCACCCAAUAACAGUACAAAAACCUAUCCCAGUUUCUGGAGGAGAUAUCACUAACUGCGUUCCCAUGUCAGGACUGAAAGCCUCCAUCGACAGGGUUGUUUUGCCCAGCAAUCCAUUCCCAGCUUUUCGUAAACUGAUCGACAGCACAGACAGAUACAACCCAGUAUACAAGGAUUGCCCACAACUUCUUUGUCAAAGAGAGAGGCAUUCCUGUAAAAAAUGUUGUGGCUGUGCUCCACCACCCACUAUUCAGUUGCUACAUGAAAACAGGUACUAUUGAGUAGCCAAGAUUCGAUGAAGAAAAAUAGAAAAGACAAUGUUUUGGAACUCGAUGGAAAUUGCAUGCAAACCAAUAGUAAAACUAGUCAAAAAAUUUCACUGAACUCAUUGUAUAAAUUUCAAUAAAAUUUAUGUGAUUAAU